AUGGAGGUCGUGAGCGCCUCGCAUGGCGCGUUUGCUCCCCUGCUGGGGAAGCUCGCCACCUUGCUCGCCGACAAGUGUGCUCGGCUGAAAGGGGUCCGCCGUGAGAUCCGCUCCCUCAGGUCGGAGCUCGCGAGCAUGCAUGCUGCCCUGAAGGAGUACACCAAGCUAGAAGACCAAAAUGACCAAGUGAAGACAUGGAUAUCGCUGGUCAGGGAGUUGGCCUACGAUACCGAGGAUAUCUUCGACAAGUUCAUCCACCAGCUUGGCAGCGGAAGCCAUCAUGGUGGUUUCAAGGAGUUCUUCCGCAAGACCGCUCGUCGUCUCAAGACACUUGGGUCUCGUCGCGGAAUCGCUGACCAAAUUGACGAUCUGAAAGAUCGCAUCAAGCAAGUGAAAGAUCUCAAGGAUAGUUACAAGUUGGAUUAUGCUCCUUCUAGCAUCGCUGGCCCUCCAGUCGUGGAUCCCCGGCUGCAUGCAAUUUUUGCUGAUGAGGCACACCUUGUGGGGGUGGAUGGUCCAAGAGAUGAUCUUGCCAAGUGGAUAUUGGAAGCAAAUAACUUGUCCAAAGGAUGCAAGGUUUUGUCAAUUGUCGGGUUUGGUGGAUUGGGAAAGACAACACUAGCGAAUGAGGUAUGUCGCAAGAUUGAAGGGAAUUUCCAUUGUAAGGCUUUUGUGUCAGUCUCACAAAAACCAGAUGUAAAGAAAAUUAUCAAGGAUGUAAUAUCUCAAGUGCCAUGUGAAGAUGGAUCCACAAAAGAUACUAGUGAUUGGGAUGAAAAGAAGUCCAUUGCCAAGCUAAGAGAACUGCUACAAAAUAAAAGGUAUCUCAUCAUCAUCGAUGAUGUAUGGUCUACAAAAGCAUGGCACGCUAUCAAGUGUGCUUUUCCAGAGAAUAAUUGUUCUAGUAGAAUUAUAGCUACUACACGCAUCAUUGACGUAGCAAAGUCAUGUUGUCUGAGUGCUGAUGACCGUGUGUAUAAAUUGAAAGCCCUAAGUGAUCUCCACUCUAGAAGAUUAUUUUUCAAAAGAUUAUUUGGCUCUGAGGAAGAUUGCCCUGAAAUGUUGAAGGAAGUUUCUAAUAAAAUUUUAAAGAAAUGUGGAGGCCUACCAUUGGCAAUUAUCAGCAUAUCUGGUUUGCUAGCAAACCGACCAGCCAUCAAGGAAGAAUGGGAGAAGGUUAAGAGGUCAAUUGGUACUGCACUGGAGAAAACUAACAGUCUAGAGGGCAUGAGUAGCAUACUAUCCCUUAGCUACAAUGAUCUUGCGCCUCAUCUCAAGACUUGCUUGCUGUAUCUAAGUUUGUUUCCCGAAGACCAUCUGAUUUACAGAGAUAGGCUAGUGAGGCGAUGGAUAGCAGAAGGCUUCAUCUCUGAAGAGCAUGGACAGAGCAAGCAAGAGGUCGCCGAGAAUUACUUCUAUGAGCUGAUCAAUAAAAGUAUGGUCCAACCGGUGGGCAUUAAGUAUGAUGGAAAGGUCCAGGCAUGCCGAGUCCAUGAUAUGAUGCUCGAAAUUAUUAUUUCAAAAUCAGCUGAAGAUAAUUUUACCACCGUGGUAGGUGGCGGUCAAACUAGUUUGCCCAAUCAUCAAGGUUCUAUUCGGCGGCUAUCAAUCCAGCACAUUGACAAGAAACUUGCAUCUGAACUGGCAAAUGUAGAUCUCAGCCAUGUUCGAACUUUGAUAGUAAUGCCAUCAUGUUGCAUAAAACACUUGCCCAGUCUUGAUCGGUUUGAAGCUUUACGUGUUCUGGAUUUUGAAGGUUGUGAGGAUCUAAAUGACUGUGAUAUAGAAGGCAUGGACAAAUUAUUCCAGAUAAAGUACCUCAGCUUUAGGGACACAUGUAUAUCAAAUCUGCCAUCAGCGAUCGUCAAGCUAAAUAAUCUAGAGACGCUGGAUGUUGAGAAUACAUCUGUGACAGAGUUGCCUGCAGGAAUUACUCGGCUAACUACACUACGAGACCUAAUUGGUUGUCUGGACAAGCUACCAAAUGGGAUUGGGGGCAUGAGGAACUUACAGUUGAUGCCAAGAUUUACUAUUACCUCGCAAGAAACAGAUGUGUUGGAGGAUCUCGGGAACCUCACAAGUUUGGAGGAACUCGAUGUGGAUCUUGGUAUGAAUGUAUUUGGCUCGGACAAGAGAUGUGAAAAGGAGGCGUUCCUCUCCUCACUGUCCAAGCUUGGCACCUGCAAACUCCAUUCUUUGGAUAUAAAAGGGUUACGUCGUUCCCUCGACUUCUUAGAUUCUUGGUCCCCUCUGCCAUAUUCUCUUCAAAGGUUUUCGGCGCCCUACCCUGAUUCGCUCACGGAUUUUCCAAAGUGGAUUACACCAGCACUCACCAACCUUGCCGAUCUGGAAAUCAGCUUUACUGAAUUGACGCAAGAUGGGCUGCUUACUCUUGGGCAACUCCCAUCCUUACUCCGCCUGAAACUAUGGCCAUCAAGGAAGUUUGUUGUCACAGUCCAAGCCACUUCUUUCCGAAACCUGAAGGUGAUUUACUCCAGAAAAACAGACCAAGUAUAUGUUUCAUUCGUGAAAGGGUCUGCGCCCAAGCUUGAGGAACUUAGCAUGCCAUUCAGUGUGUCGGCCGCAAAAGCUAAUGGUUUCUAUUCAGGCAUUGAGCAUCUCCAUUGUCUGAAACGAGCUCACAUAUGGCUUGAUAACCAAGGAGCGACACCUUCAGAAAGCAAGGCUGCAGCUGCUGCGUUCAGGAAAGAAGCAGAUGCCAAUCCCAACCAUCCUGCAGCUACUAUUUCAUAUGAACCAGAGGGAGAGGACAAUGAAGAUACCAGUGGUAGAGACAAGGAGAAGAGCAAGGAAGAUGGUAUCGCUGAUGAGGAUUAA